CUUCGGUACAAAGUUUGCACCAAUCGUUCCAGGAUUUGGUAUCAGAAAUCGUCAAGCUUGCGCGGCAGCAUAGGCAACGUGACGUAAACGAUCGCCCGGCACUUGGCAAUAUUGGCUGUGUCGAGACUCGAAGAGGCUGGUCGCCGUCGCCGCCGUAGAGCCGAGAGAAGGGAAGGGGGAUCGUGCGCUUGUCCGGGCGGCCAUUGCGAGUACCUUGUAUAAUCCGCGAACGCGAGUGAGUGCCCGGUGAAAUCCAGGAAAAUCAGUGACCAUCCUUAGCGCAAGGUGCUCCGUGUGAAGCCCGGGACUCGCCCGAAACCCCAGGCCGAUGGCUGAGACUGAUAAAUUGAACAUCGACAGCAUCAUAGCCCGGCUCUUAGAAGUGCGGGGAGCUCGACCUGGUAAAAAUGUUCAGCUGACCGAGGGCGAAAUUCGAGGCCUCUGCCUCAAAUCUCGUGAAAUAUUUCUAUCCCAGCCCAUCUUACUCGAAUUGGAGGCUCCCUUGAAAAUUUGUGGGGAUAUCCAUGGACAGUACUAUGACUUGCUGCGGCUUUUUGAAUACGGAGGUUUUCCACCAGAGAGUAACUACUUAUUUCUGGGCGACUAUGUAGACAGAGGGAAACAAUCUUUGGAGACAAUCUGUCUUCUGCUCGCCUACAAGAUCAAGUAUCCUGAAAAUUUCUUUUUGCUUAGAGGAAAUCACGAAUGUGCAUCAAUCAACAGGAUAUAUGGCUUUUACGAUGAGUGUAAGCGUCGGUACAACAUUAAACUAUGGAAAACAUUUACCGAUUGUUUUAACUGCUUGCCAGUCGCAGCAAUUGUUGACGAAAAAAUCUUCUGCUGUCAUGGAGGCUUAAGUCCGGAUCUCCAGAGCAUGGAGCAAAUAAGACGUAUUAUGCGACCCACCGAUGUACCUGAUCAAGGCUUAUUGUGCGAUCUGCUAUGGUCGGAUCCAGACAAAGAUACAAUGGGUUGGGGUGAAAACGAUCGUGGUGUUUCAUUUACUUUUGGUGCAGAAGUCGUUGCCAAAUUUUUACAUAAACAUGAUUUUGAUCUCAUCUGUCGAGCUCAUCAGGUUGUUGAAGAUGGCUACGAGUUCUUCGCUAAACGUCAAUUGGUUACAUUAUUUUCUGCGCCAAACUAUUGCGGUGAAUUUGACAAUGCGGGCGCUAUGAUGUCCGUGGAUGAGACUCUGAUGUGCAGCUUUCAGAUUCUCAAGCCCGCUGAUAAACGAAAGUUUACUUACGGUGGUUUAAACGCUGGACGACCCGUCACACCACCACGAGGUGCCAACAACAAAAACAAAAAGAAGUGAAUUCCCUAAUGUUCAUUAGAACAAUAUUUAGGACCUUAAGACCUUCCCCCCAGAUCCCUAACCCUAUCCCCAGCCACCCUAUAAGACAUUAAGUCCUUGUAAGAAAGAAUUCUAUUAUUAUGAAUACAUAAACCUGCGGAGCCAUCCACAAUCGAUAAUACAAGUGAGGACAACUUGGAAUAACGUUGCAAGCUGGUAUCUUUGUUUCCGAAUAAAAGAAAGAAAAAAAAAUAUAUCAGAGAACAUCAGUCGGUGCAAUUAAUGAAUAAUUUUUCUGCCGUGUAUUCAUGACUGAGGCAGAUAUAGGUAGAUUCAUUUUUAGUGUUAUUUUCUUUUUCGAAUAUUCACCGGAGAUUUAGUAACGCCCUAAGCCUUGUUAUAAAGUAUGACGUUUAGGUACGUGUGACAAAUGACAAUUAGAUACUUAUAUUGACUAUCGAUGCGAAAUUACAUCUGCAUAACGCUUACUGUUUUUACUGUCACUUUUUUUGUUCGAGUAAGACUUUUUUUUUGUACCACAAUCUGUACCGCAGAAUAUAUUUUUAGUCAUUAUUAUAGUACACGCCGUUUUAUAACCCACCCUUAUUAUCAGUUGUUUAUGUUUACUACGGAAACUAAUAUUGAGCCUCAUGAUUUUCGUGUUACAAAAAAACACGUGUAUAUACCUAUAAAUGUAUACACAUUCAUACAUACAUACAUACAUACAUACAUACAUGUGUAAAUCAAUUUGGUGCCAAUUUCUCAAGUUCAACCAUGCAUGGGAAUGAAACUGAGUACUGACAAGGUGGAUUGAAUAAUUGGGCUCUAACGACUUUGAAAUGUAUUUUAGAUGUUAUUCGCAUAUGUAUGUAUGAGAACUCUUGCAACAUCUAAUAAGUUGCGAUGUAACCGAUUUGUUACUGUAAUAGGCAAGUUUUCUUUCCAUUCUUCUCUCCGCGAACUUCGUUAAUAACUUCCAUACAUGACUUCUAAAUGACACUGAAACCGUUGAUCGAAUGGUAAGAUUGGGCCGUAGUAUAUGCCAGAUGAAUAUCUAAUGAAUACAGAUUUAGGGAAACAAUGUUUACAUCCGUUAUCGGCCUUGCAACGUCCUUUUAAGCUAGUUUCCGAUUCUUUGUAGCUAGCAAUUUAGGAGGGGAUAAUAAUAAGAAUAUUAAUAAUAAUAAUAAUUAACGCAAACAGAAGUACACACAUAAUUAAAAGUAAGCAAGCCAAACGCGCAUUGCAAGAUUUUGCGUGGUCUCAUUUCAUCGUACGUGUGAGUUUUAUCAUUUUAAAAUCAUCCUUCAUUGAAAUCAUUGCCAUUCUCAUUACCGUGUCCCGCGACAAUUGGCACGUCCUUAUGUCCACAUUGUUUCCUCGUAGAAAAUUAGGUCUAUUCGGAUGACACUGUUUGAAACAAGCAUUAGUGUUUAUAAUAAUUUGUCAACCGAGGAUUGGCUAACAGCGCUCCCUUAAUUACUGUACAUUAAUUUUUUAUAAAUAAAGGUCACCGAAAAAACAAAA